AUGCAAUACGCUUUAGAAUCAGCAAAUUCAAAUGUAAACGAACUUGAAGCCGAAAGUGGUCAAUUGCUUGACGAAAUUAAAGAUCUCAAGAAGAGCAUAUCAACUAAAUCAAAGGAAUUAGCACAAUUACAGAGAUUGAAUCGUGUAACACCAGAUGGGCCAUCUAUUAAUAUUAGCGAUGAAAUAGAGCGAAUAAAGCAAAAAACUGCAGUACUUAGGGCAGAAAAUGCUCAAAUGGCGUUUGAGUUAAAGAGAAUGGAACAGAAAUCUUAUAGUGAUUCAUUAUCUCCUACUUCUACUCUAACUUUAGACGAGGAUGAGUUAGCUGCACAUAUUCUGAGAUCAAAACUUCAUUAA